AUGGUUCGCUUCACUCCCUUGGCAGCUUUGGCUCUGGUGCCUCUGGCUCAGGCGCGCUUCGACUGGUUAUUUGCACGAGACACCAUUGCUCAAUGUCCUCCUUGCCCAGUGAAUGGAGAGGCUCAAGACUGUUCUCAUACAGUAACAAUUACCAACCCGUCGGGCCCAUAUGAGACAGUCACUGUCUCGGAUCCCAAGGGUUCUUAUCAGACCGUCACAGUCACGGAACAUGGCGAGCCUGGCAAGACUAUCACCAUUACCCAGAACUACCAGAACCCCCAGACCAAGGUUGUGUACGUCAGCCAAGGCGAAACCAUCAACCUACCCGUCGAGACCGUCACCGUCACUCACCCUGGAAAGGUUGUCACUGUGACAAAGACUGAGACGGAGACCAAUGGCUAUACUGUUACCAAGAACGUUAACGGAUAUCCUGGAAACUCUAACGGCAACGGAUACCAACCAGGCCCUAAGACAGUUACCAUUAGCGCGGGACAUCCAGUUCCCAGUGCUGGAUCUCCUAACUACGAUGGGGGAGUUGUCACUAAGGUUAUCGGCGGUAACGAUAAGUAUCCCGACACCCACACGGUUACUGUGAUCAACGAUGGCGAGAUCAAGACAUUGACAUACACCGAUGGUAACUACAACACCGUUGCCAAGACUAUCACCGAGGACAAUGGUCACGAGGAGGUUGUGACUGUUACCGGCAGAGAUGAGUAUGAGGUUGUCAAGACUGUAACUGUGGACGAUGGCGGCAAGAAGAUCAUCAAGACCGUCACUGCUGAGAACACAAACAACUACAUUGUCACGAAGACCAUCCAGGAUGGCGACAAAUACCACACCGUCAUUGUCAAGCCCGAGCCGACUACCAGCAUCAUCACCAAAGAGAACGGCGACUAUAUCACUACUGUUAUCGAAGCCCCUCAAAGCUACACCCUGACAGCUCCAAUUCGUUACGGAUCUGCCGCUGUAACUGAUGAUGACUGCGAGACUUUUACAAGGACUGCAACUUACACCGGUAAGCCUGAGGUUGAGGUCAUUGUUUACGAUCCUGAGACUGGCGACUCGACUUGCACACAAGAAGACGGCUCAUCCUGCCACCCUGGGUAUGACAACGAUAAGACUGGUUAUGGCGACAAGGGCUCUCCUACCGGUGGCGACGACAACAAAGGUACCGACAACCCCAAGGAUCCUCAUGCUGGAGGCAACGACAAGGGUCACUAUGCCGACCCCAGCUACACAAAGGGCGGCCAAGGCGGCAGCGACAGCUACAACACCAGCCUACCUGUCUACACCAAGAUCCACACCUACGGCAAUGGCGAUACCUACACUGAGGUCCAUGGCGCCGAUCCUACAGGAUGUGACUCAGUUGCCAUCUCCACCAGCAUUGCAACUGUUUAUAACACCGUGGUUGUGACGGUUGAUGGCAGCUCUAGCCAGUAUGCUCCGCCAUCAAGCACCCCAGUAUCCAAGGGCCGGGCCGAAAGGAAGGCUCGCUCGCCUCUGUCUAUUCGGUGGUGA